AUGAACUAUACGAUUUCUGGUGAUAUCGGUGUAAUUCCUGUUGGUGCUUUUUAUCAAUAUCCAGGUAUUGGUCAACGUUUAUAUGAUGAAUAUGUCGACCUCUUUUUGGAUCAUUUUGAAUUUGUUGAAUUGAAAACGAAUAUGCGCCAAAGUAAAGCUACGCUGUUCCGUGCAUUUUUAAAUUGUCUUCGCAAAAAGAAGAAGGAACGUUUUUCAGAAGAAGAUCACGCAUUUUUGUAUCAGUGUCAUCAACGAUAUUUAAUAGGCGGUUAUGAUGGACAAGCGUUGCAUAUUUUAGUUCGAAAUGAUAAAAUAAUUGCCCGUAAUCACAAAAUGUUGGAAGAAGUUUGCACGCAAAUAGUAGUCACUAUACCAUCCCUUAAAAAGACAUUGUUAAAUCUGAUCGUGUUAACAUUAGAAACUCUAGAGCUUGGUACUGGUGCAAAAUUUCCAAUAAAACUUGCUUGGACUGCUACAGCUGAUAAAAUACAGGGUGCAACUGUAACUGAAUUAGUUUGCUGUACAGGAACACUAUUUGGACCUGGUCGAGAUAAUACACAGUUAUUAAGAAUAUCACCAGUUAGUGAUGACGAUGUACAACUAUGUCUCAUGGAUGUUUUCGAAGAUAAGUUUUAUUGUGAUGAACAAAUUGGGAAGAAAGGACGAAUUGUACCACUACGAAAUGCAGAAAUUCUUAUGGGUGCAUUCAUUGUUCUAAUAGUUGAAUAUCAUGGAUGUGUUAGCCUCGAAAAUACUUGGACAUACGAAUGGAACGAAUUAAUCGAUUCGCUUCGUGAACUAAAACUAUUGAAACCUGAAAAGCUACGUGAUGAACCUUUAGCAACAUUUUAG